AUGUUGCUCCUAUGGCUCCUAGUUUUGUGUAUAUUUACAACAGUAACAUAUGCAGCUCCGACGAUGACAGACGCACAAUUGGAGCAAGCUUUAUCCGACAAAAAUACUAUGCAACGUUACUUGAAGUGUGCGUUAUGGGAGGGACCAUGUGACCCAGUUGGCAUACGCCUUAGAACUCUAGCUCCCUUAGUACUUCGUGGCGCCUGCCCCCAAUGUACAACACAGGAGACGCGACAAAUACGCCGUACACUAGCAUAUAUUCAGAGAAACUACCCAUGGGAAUGGGCGAGGAUAAUGAACUACAUGCUAGUAUUGUGUGCGUUGGUCGCAGUAUGUGUUGCUCAGAACCAGACAGAACGACCUCAGGUCUCUGAUACAGCACUAGAAGAGGCUCUCAACGACAAGCGAUUCAUUCAACGGCAGCUUAAGUGCGCACUUGGAGAAGCACCUUGCGAUCCUAUCGGCAAACGUCUUAAAACACUGGCUCCGUUUGUGCUGCGUGGCGCUUGUCCACAAUGCACACCGCAAGAGACAAAACAAAUUCAACGCACGUUAUCCUACGUGCAAAGAAACUUUCCGCAGCAGUGGGCCAAGAUCGUGCGCCAGUAUUCCGGCUGA